UGCCGGGCUGUGGGUGAUUGUAUACCCGUGACCAGACUGAAGCUGGGGAAGCUAAAGGUGGUGCGGCGGCAGCUGCUGCAAAGAUAUGAACACCAGCCAUUUGUCUCCUGCCUGGCCGGCCUCUACGGUUGCCAAUGGAGACGAUACCAAAGAGCCCGGGCUCAGCCAGGAGAGUGCUGCUGCAGCAGGGUGGAGUGUGGCAGUUUUGGCCUCCUGAUCCUCACCUUCUUCCUAAGUUUUUUAUUCCUCUAUUUCUGGAGUGAAGCUCAGAAUGACUACAAUGACUUUGACUGGUUUAACUUUGGGACUCUGGGGUUCUGGUUUCCCUGGUCUCUGGUCCUGCUGGUCAUUGCUGCGGCUCUCUUCACAUACAUCGCCCUGCUAUUGGUUUUGGCGGUGUGUCUGCUUACUGAGGGUCAGAGACUGUACCUUCACUGGAGCCACAAGACCGGCAUCGUGGUGACACUGGCGUUUUCCGUCAUAGCCACCGCCGUCCUGUCUGACCUCUGGAGCAAAGAGUGGAAGACUCUCCUUCUCUCCCUGCAGGUCACAGCUCCGUUCCUCCAUGUGGCUGCAGUCUCACUGAUGGCGAUCCUCUCCUGGCCAAUAGCGUUGCACUUCUUCCGCAUGAACAAGAGAGUGCGUCAGGUGGCAGUGCUGGGUCUCUUCCUCUCCGUGCUCUUCUCUCUCUAUCUGGUCCCUCUGGGAAUGUAUUCACCCUGCAUUAAAGAAGCAGGAACGCUGGGACCUGCCCCGAGACUCAUCGGACACAGAGGAGCCCCGAUGCUUGCUCCAGAGAAUACAGUAAUGUCGUUUGAGAAGGCCUUGGAAGCGGGAGGAGAAGGACUGGAGACUGACGUCACAAUCAGUUAUGAUGGCGUUCCCUUCCUGAUGCAUGACUCCACUCUGAGGAGAACCACUAACGUUGCGGAGGUUUUCCCGAACCGGACUGACCUUGAUGCCUCCAUGUUCACCUGGGCAGAGCUGCAGCAGCUCAACGCUGGCAGCUGGUUCUUAUCGAGGGAUCCCUUUGGUACAGUUUCGUCCCUGCCUGAGGCAGACUGCUCCCGGGCCCAGAAUCAGUCCAUUCCCUCGUUGGCACAGUUCCUUGAAGUGGCGUCCAGUAGUGGCAGACUGGUGCUGUUUGACCUGCGCAGACCGCCGCAGGGACAUCCCUACAGUCAAUCAUUCAUUAACACGACUCUGCAGGUGGUGCAGGCCCACAUCAACUCAUCACAGGUGCUGUGGCUGCCGUCUGAGGACAGGGAGCUGGUGCGGGCGAUGGACCCGGAGCUGCAGCAGACAUCUGGAGAGAAGGCGUCCAUCCAGGAACUGACUGAUGACCACAUCACCAGACUGAACCUGCACUACAGCACCAUGUCACAACAACAGAUCAGUAAGUACCAGUCAGUGAACAUCAGUACCAACCUGUUUGUGAUCAGCCAGCCGUGGCUCUACACUCUGGCCUGGUGUGCAGGAGCUCAAUCUGUAACCACCAACUCCAUCCACAUCUUAUCCAACAUCAAGCAGCCGCUCUUCCUCAUGACUCCAGAGGAAUAUACGCUAAUGUGGAUUCUGACUGAUGCUGUGUCUGCCUUCCUCAUUAUCACAGUUUUCAUAUUCCACUGGUGGAGAGAGAGAGGCCUGCCCUUCUGGUCCGGCAGCCGUCAGACUCACGAGAACGGACCCUACAGCAAGUUCAGGACGGAGCUGAGCGACGUGUGGUCCAUCUCCAGCGUCAACGUCAGACCCGACCUGCGGAGUACACCCAGUUCACCCAGCGCCCCUCAUCUGCCCACCAUCACAGAGGAGUGACUGGGAGAAAUGGAGAGAGAGAGAGAGAGAGAGAGAGAGAGAGAGAGAGGUACAGAAGAUGAGAGUUAAUAAAGUUCUUAGGGAGAGAAAAAGAGCGUUAAAGUCGGCUGGAAAAUCUGUUUUAAUCAAAAGUAUUUUUCAGUUAUGAUGAAUAUUUCUGACUAAAAAACCAAACAGGGAAAGGGAUCAGGAAAGACGGCAAACUCUCUCUGCUUUCCUCUCCUCUCUCAUCCUUUCAUGGAUUUUGGGCCGACCGCCCGCAGGAACAGAACUGCUGAGCUAAACCUCAUCCACUGAUCAGAGCAGAGAGCCUCCGUGGACUCCAGCCGAGCAUUACCAGAGUUCAUUUCCCUUCCUGCAAUCUCAUCGGUGUCACGAUAAAAAAUCCUGGAAAAGUGCAGCGUUAACGCUCACCCAGAGGCUGACAUGCUUUUAGAACAUCAUUUUCAUUCAAACUUCACCAGCCGAGAUGUUAAGGAAACUAAACCUCACUAAAGAAAAGGAGAAACAAUAAAUAUAUUCUUCUGUAGUAGAUCAUUAGCCGCUGUUACUCUUCCUGUCUCGUGUUUCUCGUUGAUAAAAACCAAAUGAGUCAGAGAGAGAGAGAGAGAGCGAGAGAGAGAGAGAGAGCGGCAGAGUGGAGGGGAACCUGGAGCAGGAGAAGUGUGGACGAAGAUAAAAAUGGACUCUUGAGAAUCUUCUGUGGGAGCUUUUUUUUUCAUUUUCUAGCUGUAAAUAUAUCAGGAGCCUCAGACCAAACUUUCAACGAUAUUUUCUAUUUUACUCUGUGUCUGUGGCUUGUUGGACGCGGUGUUGGACUGACAGAAUGAAUGUAAACUGAGAGGGUAUUGUUAGUUAUUAUUUAUGUUUUGUACUAAAGUGAAUGUAUUAUCAAGCUGGGGCCGUGUUUCUGAUAAAAGCAUGUGAGGAAUGUUCUGGCUGGAAGUCGUUUUCAGUCUGGCUGAAGGUUUGUGCCAAAUGUAGAAUUAGCUGCUGUGAAAACAUAAAGAUGCUUUUGAGAAAUCAGACCGUGUGCGCUUUAUGAUGCGGUGAAUACAGCGUCUGCUUUUUCCUUAAAUAUAUACGCACACAGUACUUUCCAAAAGUACGAUUAUAAAGUCCAUCUGAGUUAAUUUUUUUUCUCACCUAAACUGAUUUAAGAUCUGAAAUCCAGAGAUUCCUGUCCGGACAUUUCAGGUGUUAAAUCUCUGAGUUUAGAUGCCUUGACUUCCUGAAGAGGUUUAGCUGCACAGUGAUAGAAAUAAAGCCGGACCUGUUGCAGGAAGUGCAAUUAAAAAGGCUACGUUUGAAUGUUUUCAAUAAGAAACAAUUUAUUUAUGCAACACAGUUCAUGUACAUUAAUUUUGUUUGGAGACAUAGCAAUAGUUUCCGACAGAUCUCCUUUAAUUCACAUCUUUGCAGAUUACAUGUGAGAGGUGUAACAGCUCAGAGUGGGCGGCUCGUUACAUUAAAGGUGCAGUCUGAAGCGCUGUCAACAUGGCACAACAAACUAGUCUUCUAAGUUUAGCUUUUGUCUGAAUGUGUGUCCUGUACCACCUGUCAGCCUCAUGCUGGACUCACACAGACCUGGUUUUGGUUCGACUGACUGAGGUGGCGCCGACACGUUUAGGAAGAUUCAUUUUUUUAGCAUUUAUUUCAACUUAAAAACAUCAAGGCAACACAAGGCUUCCGGCUGACAUCGUGUGUACUCCACGCCUCACUGCUGAUGUGAGACAUAAAUACAACAUUUAUGAAAUGAUCUAAAAUUAGAGUUCAGUAGAUACCGUGCAGAUUCACCUGCAGCUGCCACAUAGAAACUUAAUGUACUGUCUGGUAUCGUUAGUUAAAGCGUCUUUGUUUACCUGUUGAGAAUAUCAGCUACAGCUAUCACUCCCUGCACAGCCAUAUUUAUUCUAUUGAAUAUGUUUUAUACUGUUAUAGUUUGAAGUGAGCGAGUCAGCUUACGAUGCAGCGCUGCUUGGAUUUUCUUUGGAGAUGCAUUUAAGGCCGAGCAUGUUUUUUAAUUUAUUCUUUGUUUUCUUUAGAAGAGGAUUUCCUUAAAGUGAUUCUCCACCAAAUAUCUCUCUUGAUGCCAGACCAUCAGAUGACUUAAAUGUGUCACAAGUUUUUCUGACAUUCAUUGAAACUUAAUUUCAUAAAACAGCAAUCUAGAGGUUAAAGAAACAUGUUUGAUAAUUAGAGUAGAACAGCAUUUUGUUUGUAAAUAAGAAACAUGUGCGGUGAAUCUUCGACUGCCUUUUUUUUUCCUUGCACCAAAUUUGGGAUUUCCUUGAAUUAUGCAGAAAAAUGCACUUAAAAUGUCCUACUUCCACCCUGAUUUAAGAUGAUUAAACAGCAUUACACAGGAGAUUUAUUAAUGUAAUAUCUAAAGACGUUUUGACUUCUUUACACUGCUCUCACAUGACCCUUGCAUGCUGCUCUGCACGUCGUUUUAGUAAACCUAAAGAAGUCAUUAAGACGAAUAAGAGGGAACAGAUGUUAAUGACAACAAAUACAGAGUCAGGCCCACAGGCUGGUUUAUGAGGUAUAGACGUUUUCUAAAUUAUUUUAUUGAAGCAUUUCCAUUUUUUACUGCAACUUCUCUCUGAUUGUACCUGCUGUUGUUAUUAAAACAUUGAAAACAG